UGUCUUCCACAGUUGUUCAAAGAUUGGGCAUGUACGUCCAUAGAUUGGGCAGUCCAGUCUUAAGACGGGGCGCGUUCCAAGAUUGGGCAGAACAGUAUUCUUGCGGCGUUGCGAAUUUUUUUUCCGUACACGGUAGGCAGUAUCAUUGACCGUGGGCAGUAUCAUUUUAACCGUUGGCAGUAUCUAUUAAUUUUUUCAAUAUUUUUCGGAAACCGGUCCUUUGACAUGCUCAAGUGUUUGUACCGCAAAUGCCCGUGGAAACUUUUGACUUGACCGAAAACAAAGAGAAAUACAGAAUAUGAGUGUGGAAUAACUUAUUCGAAGCGAAAGUAGCUGGUAAGUACCAUUAAUCUUUAUAUACUAAGAUAGAUGCUUGUUUCUCAAAGAUUAUAUAAGUUUUAUUUUGAUCGAGUUUUUCUCACUGUGAUUACUUACAACAUGUCAGAAGAGAAUAUUGAUUUCAAUGUUGGUGAGAGGUUUUUUCACACCAUCGAAUUCUACAGCAUUUAUACCAAGGUUGUUCUUAUAUGCGUAAAGACCCAAAAUAUAAUCAACUUUUGAAACUUUGUUGUCUGUUUUAGCAUCCAACGAGAAAACGAAAAGCAGCAAAAUAAAUGGCUUUCAUUUGUUUUAUCGCGAAACAGUGGUAAGUACAAUCCCCUACUUUUGUGUCAUGAGUCAACUCCGUAUAAACAAUGCUCACAGAUUUUAUCGAAACAUUAUUUCCUUCAGAACACCUUUAUGAGUGAAGCGACUGUUGCGGAUGAUGCCCCGCCAGAACUGGCAGAGAUGAGUAAAAUUGGAUCAGAAAGAUGGAAGGCACUUGACGAUGCUUCGAGAAAGGAAUGGAACAAGAAAGGGCAAAAGAAGCGAGAAGAAGAUGACUGUGGUCAAACUGAGUCGUUGAUUUGCGCAAAAUGCAAGAAAACCUUCACGCGACAGAAGGAGUUUAACUAUCACAGCAAGAAUUGCGUACUAUGUACUUGCGAUAUUUGUCAAAAGGAAUUCAGCAACAAAAUUUCUUUGAGAAAGCACAGGAAGAUUCACGAUAACAUAAUCACGUGCGCUCUAUGUGAAAAGUCGUUCUCUUCACAACAAGCAUUGAAGAGACAUACCCAUUCAGUACAUGAAACACAAACUUAUACAUGUGAUGUUUGUACCAAAAAAUUCUCGACUCAUGGAAAUCUGAAACGUCAUGAGAAAAUACAUUCUAAGUAA